AUUUUCCAAAAAACAGAAGCGGAAGCGGAACCUUGGAUGGGAGAGGAUCGUUCUCUCUGUUGUCAGCGGACGCAAAAGCGGAGUAGCCAUACAUACGCAGACGAGAGAGCGACGAUCCGCGGUGACUCCCUCGAACCCUAAAAGCUCGAACACUCCUCGUCAAUGGCUUCCCCCUUCACAAUCACAGCUCGUCGAACCCUAGCUUCGCUCCUCGCUCGAGCCCUCGCUUCCCCAUCUCCAUCCUCCUCCUCUCGCUCUCGCCUCUCCAUUCCUCUCCUCCACGCCUCGCCCUUCCCCGGGCCUGACCCGCUCGGCGUCCCGACCCGCCCCAAGACCUCCGGGUCGGGCUACUCGCCCCUGAACGACCCGUCGCCGAACUGGAGCAACCGGCCUCCCAAGGAGACCAUCCUCCUCGACGGCUGUGACUACGAGCACUGGCUCAUCGUCAUGGAGUUCCCCGCCGACCCCAAGCCCUCCGAGGAGGAGAUGGUCAACGCUUACGUCAAAACCCUAGCCUCCGUUGUCGGAAGUGAGGAGGAGGCGAAGAAGAAGAUUUACUCAGUUUGCACGACCACUUAUACCGGAUUCGGGUGCUUGAUCUCCGAGGAGCUCUCCUAUAAAGUUAAAGGACUACCUGGUGUUCUCUGGGUUUUGCCCGAUUCGUAUCUUGAUGUGCCGAACAAAGAUUAUGGAGGUGAUUUGUUUGUUGAUGGUAAAGUCAUUCACCGGCCGCAAUAUUGGUAUAACGAGAGGCAGCCAACGAGGCGGCCUCGCCCACGGUAUGAUAGGCGCCGUGAAACGAUGCAGGUUGAAAGGAGAGAUCCUGGAAACAGAGCGAGCUGGGCACAGAGCCGGCCACAGGCUGUUCAGCAGCAAAUGACUAUGGAAUCCCAGGGUUCCGCUCAGGUUGGAGGGGCAGGCGUCAACAUGGGAGAAUCAAAUACUGGAAGGACAUAAGAUGUUGUCGGCUUUAAUAUAUAACUGUCUUGAUGAAGCCCUCACGCAAAAUUUAUGAGAGUGGCAUGAAUGGAGGUUUGCCGUUGCAGACACGGCCUUGUCUUAUCGGAAUUUUUCGCUUGUCGAGAGGUUAGCUGUUUUGCUUUGGUCGCUACUCUUCCUAGUUAGAAAUAUACCGAAGGGAAAACAGAUUGGUGGACCUAGUCUCUGCUAAAUCGGCAAAAUUGGUGGAUAAUGUAUAAACAUCUACUGAAGUUGCAUAUGUAAUUGUUACUCUUGUUUCAGACAUCUGCUGCUGCUGGUGGUGAAGUCAUUUACAAUAUUAAGGUCCAUCGCUAGUUCCUUUCAUGGCAA